AUGGUGUGGAACAUUCGUGGUGCUUCGAACAAGGAGUCAUUACGGCAUAUUCGUCGCACUUGUAGAUCAAACGAUAUUCGUUUACUGAUUCUAUUGGAGCCAUUAGCCAAUGUCUCUCAUUUGGAGAGUGUGCAGCUGUUCUUGGGUUUUGAUUUUGCUCGGUCCUUCGUGCACAACAAAAUUUGGAUAUUCUGGUGUUCAGAUGCUCGAUAUUCUUUUGUAGAAGCCUCGGAUCAAUUAGUUCAUAUACAUUUGUCUUUCCCUUCUGGUUCUUCCAUUAUUAUUUCGGCUGUCUAUGCGAAGUGGGACUACAACGUUAUUUCUUCUGCGGAGGAAAGGAUUGGAGGAUCAGCCCCGAAUAUUCGUGAUUUGGAAGAAUUCAACUCUGCUUUAAAUCGGAGUGGUCUAUUUCCAGUUCAGUUCGAUGGGUCUGCUUACACAUGGACAAAUGGUCGCAUGUGGCAGCGACUUGAUCGAGCGGUCGUUAAUAGCGUUUGGCUGUCUGAUAUUGAGAUGACUCGAGUUGCUUAUCUUCAGAGAGGGUGGUCUGACCAUUGUCCGUUGCUGGUCAGGGGAGGAAGUACGGCAACACGACGGUCUUCCUUUCGAUUUCUUAAUGUCUGGCGAGGUCAUUCCAGUUUUCAACAAACAGUAAGGUCUGCUUGGGCUCAGCCUGUUUCUGGAGUUGGAAUGCAGAAAUUCUUUAAUAAAUUGCAGGUGGUUAAAAGAGUUUUAUCUAGAUGGAAUGUGGAUGUAUUUGGGAAUGUCUCUCAAAGGGUCAAAGUGGCAGCGGAUAAUUUAUUGGCCAAGGAAAUUUUGUAUGAUCAAAAUAGAGACACGUUGUCUAGGACGGCAGUUCAUGAGGCAAGGGCAAUUCAUUCUCGGGAGCUAGCGGGCAACGGGGACAGUUGGUUUGAUAGUGUCGAGGAUAUUAAGCUGUCGGCGAGUGAUUUUUUCUCCUCUUUGUUCACAGCAGACCGCGCUGUUUGCUCGGGCAGCAGACCGUCACUUGAUCUGCCCAAGCUUACGCAAGAGGAAAACGACAUGCUGCUGAAAACACCAUCGGUAGAAGAAGUUUAUACGGUAAUAUGUUCGUUUGACCCUCAGAGUUCUGCGGGGCCUGAUGGUUUUGGAGGGGGUUUUUAUCAAAGUUGUUGGGAGUGUAUAAGGGACGACUUCAUGGACGCGGUGAAGGAUUUUUUCGCUGGUGCCACAAUGCCCCGCGGAUUUUCAAGUACAACGAUCACAUUACUGCCCAAAAAGGAAGGUGCAUGUGAGUGGAAAGAUUUCCGACCAAUAAGCUUAUCUAACGUUAGUUCAAAGAUCAUUUCUAAGAUUUUGUCUACUCGCAUUAAUCAACUCCUUCCUAAGUUGAUUUUAGAGUUUCAGACUGGCUUUAUCCCGGGCAGGGGAAUACAAGAUAAUGUUCUGCUAGCUCAGGAAUUAAUUAUGGAUUUGGACAAGAAACUGCGUCACCUUAACGUAAUAUUGAAAUUGGAUAUGGAGAAGGCCUAUGACAGGGUGGACUGGGGGUUUUUAUUAUACAUGCUUCGUGAAUUUGGCUUUAAAGAAGGUGUGGCUGUGUCGUCCUUUCUACGAGAAUAUCAAACUCUUUCUGGCCAAAAAAUUAAUCUCUCCAAGAGUCGUUUCCUUUGUUCGUCGAAGCUUCAUUCGGAUGUUAUCAACUUAAUUCAGCAAGUAACGGGAUUUCAAGGGCAGUCUUGGCCUGUCAAAUAUUUGGGAGUUCCACUUUCUCUUGGCCGUAGUAAAAGUGUCUUAUUUGAUGGAGUUAUUGCUUCCGUUAGAGCAAAGCUUCAUCAUUGGAGUUCCCGGUUUCUUUCUGCUGGGGGGAAGCUCAUCUUGCUUCGUCAUGUGUUGAAUUCAAUGCCUCUUUACCUCUUGCAGGUUAUUAAACCACCUAAGGGGAUUUUUCUUAGAUUGGGCAAGCUGUUUAAUGCAUUCUUGUGGGAUGGCAAGGAUGGUAGACGGAUUCAUUGGUCUUCCUGGGAGAAAUUAUGCUUUCCAGUCGAAGAAGGGGGGUUGGGAUUUCGAUCACUGUUGGACUUAGAGAAGGCUUUUGCAAUGAAAUUAUGCAGACAGUUUGCUGGUGUGCCUCCUCAUUUUUUAGUAGCUGAGUUUUAUACCUCUACGGGGUGGAAUACUGAACGUCUCCUCCAAGUUCUUCCUCGAUCUGUUGUUAAUGUUAUUUCACAAACACUUGUUGAUCCGACCCUUAAGGAUGAAUUGGUUUGGGCUCCUUCAGCGGAUGGUACAUUCACUGUGUCGUCAGCCUGGGAUUUAGUUAGACAGCGGCGUAACCUGUCAUUGGUUUGGCGUGGAAUUUGGUGUCCUUUGCUGCCUUUAAAAAUGUCAUACUUAGUUUGGAGGGUAUUGGCUGAUUUUCUUCCUCUGGACGACAAGCUUCGUUCUAGAGGAAUUUCCAUGGUUUCCAAAUGUGAUUGCUGUGGUAAUGCAAUGGAGUCUUUGAAUCAUUUUUUUUUACAUGGCAGGUUAGCAAGUGCUGUUUGGCAGCACUUCUUUCUGGCUUGCGGAAUUCCGUGGAGGUCAUUCUCAUGUGUUUCUUCGCUGCUAGUGGUGUGGUUUCAAUCUUCUGGGAAUGGGCGAUUGGAUCAUGUUCGGUGUGUUAUACCAGUUGUAGUGUUAUGGUUUCUGUGGCGUAGUAGAAACGAUGCUCGGUUUGGAAAUAUCCCCCCUGUCUAUUCUAAAGUUAUUUUUGAUAUCAAUGGGUGGUUGGUUGCUAUGGGGGCUGCAUGCAUGCUGAACAGAUUUCAGUUGGAGGGGGAUACGGAUACGUAUUUUGCACGUUACUUUCGGAUCAAACCAGCUAAAUCCUUAUGUCCGAAGGCUAUAUCAUGGAUGAAGCCUCCUCGAGGGUCAAUCAAACUUAACACCGAUGCAAGUGUGUCAAAUGGUUUGUCUAAAGGCGGUGGAGUGAUACGAGAUUUUGAAGGGAAGAUGCUUGGUGCUUUUUAUAAGGAAUUCGGGGAAUAUGAGGUGGUACAUGCGGAGGGCUUAGCAUUGUUAACUGGUCUACAGUGGUGUGUUGGAACAGGGUUGUCAGAUAUUUUGGUGGAAGUGGAUUCACUAGCGUUGGUACGGUUGGUUACUAGUCAAUCUGUUGGUAAGUGGCCGUUGUGUAGCGUCUUAAGUCAAAUUCGAUUGUUACUAUGCAAGGUGAAGGGGACCAUUACACAUAUUUAUCGUGAGGCGAAUGCCGUGGCAGACAACUUAGCUGCUUUAUCUCUGGAGAGUCCAUAUGUUACUUUCCAAUCUCAUCAGCAACUUCCAAGUAGAGCUCGGUCGUUGAUUAAUUUGGAUGCAAUAGGUUAUCCAUAUAUUCGCAACUUUAAUGUUUAG